CAAUCGCCCAGUGACCUGAAUGCAUCUUACCCAGAACGCACUGCGGCCGUUCUUAGUGGUAAAAAUGGCGUCGAGGGCACCAGUGGCAACAGGCAGGCUCAUGGUUGGGAUCCGCAAAUGGUAUUACAACAUGUGCGGCUUCAACAAGAUUGGUUUGAUGCGCGAUGACACAAUUUAUGAGGAUGCAGAUGUGAAAGAGGCGCUGAGGAGGCUUCCAGAGGAUCAGUACAAUGACAGGAUGUUCAGGGUCAAGAGGGCCCUGGAUCUUUCCAUGAAGCAGCAGAUCCUCCCCAAAGAGCAGUGGACAAAAUAUGAAGAGGAUGUCCGUUACCUGACACCAUAUCUCGACGAGGUGAUUCGUGAGAGGAAAGAAAGGGAGGAGUGGAUGAAGAAAUAGACGGUUCCUGUUCAGCGAUGUUAAUCCUCAGUCUUCAGUCGGUGCAUGGUUGUCCCCUGGUGUAAUAUUUAAAAUGAAAUCUUACAUGUAUAAAACAGUGCUCAUUAAAAAAUAGACAAUUUUGAA